AUGAGUGUCAUCCAAGGUCCUGCCACUGUCCCUGAGGUUGCCACCCAGGUGAAACUGGGGGGCUGGAGCUGUCCAGGUAGGGACAGUACGUCUUUCCUUUCCCGCCAGCACCGGGAAUUCCAGGCCUUCCUUCACCUUCUGGAGGACAAUUUUCUCCAGGAAUUCCUCUCCAAAGAUCCCUGUUUCCAGAUCUCUGAUAAGUAUCUCCUCGCCAUGGUACUGGUUUACUUUCAACGUGCCAACCUGCAGCUCAGCGAAUACACCCACAGCAACCUGUUCCUGGCACUGUAUCUUGCAAAUGACAUGGAGGAGGACCUGGAGGACCCCAAGUGUGAGAUUUUCCCAUGGGCGCUCGGUAAAGAUUGGCGUCCUAAAGUGGCAGACUUCCUGCGCCAGAGGGACAAGUUGUGGGCCCGGAUGGGCUUCCGGGCUGUUGUGAGCCGCCAGUGCUGUGAGGAGGUCAUGGCAAAGGAGCCAUUCCACUGGGCCUGGACUCGGGAGCGGCGUCCACACCAUGGGGUUGCUCAGAGGGGCUGCUCAGAGGUCCCGGUCUCCCUACCCCGGGGCCCUGGGCUCUCUCCAUCCCCCUGCUUCCUCUGUGGCUUGGCCCCCUUCCAGUGCCAUGCCCCCUUGCCUGUCCCAUCCAAGUACCCCUCUCUAACCUCUGUGUGGCAUCCUCCUCCUUCCCAAGCUGGUCUCUCAGUGGCUGAAGGCCCCUGGGGUGGGAGCUUCCUCAUUGUCCUGCCUGCCCAGCUGCACCUGGAGCCAGGCACCUACACCCUCCACAGUGAGUAG